UGCCCGGUCGCCGCCCCCUGGCCGGUCCUUGGCGGGCUUAGGCAUCCAGAGCUUUGGGACAAAAUGCCAACGAAGCAGUGACCUGAGAGGAGCGGAUCCCUGUGGCUGAACUAUUCUGCACUAUGCCUGUGCAUACGGCCAUCCCAAUGUAGUUGCCCUCCUGAUAGAGUGGAAUUGUGACAUUGAUCUCCGUGACAGUGACAACAGAACAGCACUAAUUAAGGCUUCACAGUUCAAGCACGAAGACUGUGUGGCUAUGUUAUUAGAACACGGUGCUGACCCAAAUGCUAUGGACAACACUGGGAGCACCGCACUGCACUAUGCUGUUUGGCAUAACAGCACCUCAAUGACAGCCAAACUGCUGGCACACAAUGCCGACUUCAGUAUAAAAAAUGAGGAUAGCUUUACACCACUUACACUGGCUCGAAUGAAAAAUGACAACCUGGCAAAACUUUUAGAAGACCAGAAAGAAAAGAUAAAGGAACUUGAUGAAUUAGAAAGGUCUUCAAAGAAAACUUCCAAUGAAAAAGAAGAGGUCAAAGAACAAGGAAAUCAUAUGCUUGACCUUAAGGAACUAAUAUCAUGUGAGGGAAACUCUAAGGACUGUGAGCAGUACAGUUGUGACACUAUUUUGCAUUUUAUUGAAGAGCUCAUGAGGCAGAGAAAAGAUAUAAAUUCUGAGAUCCUAGUGAAAAUCUGGGGUGCAGUUUAUACAUAUAAAAGAUCAAUAGACUUUGAAAAACAUAACUGUGAACUAAUUGAAGAAGAUUGUGAACGUAUAAGUAAUGAAAUUAUUGCACUGCGAGAGGAGUGGUCUCAACUAGAGAUUGAAAAUGCUGAACUGCAAGAUGAGCUAUGCAGUUUGAGGGCCACCCUUGAAAGUUUAGAAUUAAAUGAUGCAGCAAGCCUCCAAGCAGAGGAGAAUGAAGAGCUUUCAAGAACCCCGGCUCAAGAAGAACAGUUUAAGUUGUACCUGUCACUGACACAGAGUUUGCAUGAAAUGAGAAGGAGAAAUAGGGAACUAGAAGAAGAAAUAGACAGGUAUAUGGACCUGUGCACAAUGAUGGAGGAGGACUCAGAUGGACAUCAAAAUGGAGAGUUUUCAGGUUAUAAUGCUUCAAGUACAAGUCACUGCGAAGAGGAUACGGUACUGAAACUAAGAGAGAAGCUUGAAAGUAUGGAAACAAAACUACAACAAGAAUUAAUCCGCUGCCAAUGCAAGGAAGAUGAAAAUAAUCUUUUGGAGCAGAAAAUAGCAGAAAGGAAAGCAGCCCGGGAGAACCGUGAAGCGGAAGAGGGUAGAAUAAAGCAGCUUGAAGAGAAAAUACUCAGCCUCAAAGCCGAUAUGGACAAGAACAUGGUAGAGCGAAGUGAGGUAGAAAAUCAUAAGAAAGCCAUUGAAGAGCAAGCUAGGAGUCAAGUCAUGGAAAAAAUAAACCAAGAGAACCAAGUCUUACGGGAACUAGCUGCCUCUGAGCAACAGAAAGAUCAGGAAAGACAGGAUUACAUCAUGUCACUGGAUCAUAGAUAUAAGGAAAUUGAACUUGAGAUUGUGGAAACAAAAUCUCGUGCAAUUUCUGUGAAAGCACAACGGAGAACAUUUGAAGAAAAAUAUAGAGCAGAAUUGCAACUUGGAGAACGAUUGAAAUAUGAACUUGAAAAAAGUAUUCUGCACUAUGCCUGUGUGUACGACCAACCCAAUGUGGUUGCCCUCCUAAUAGAGUGGAAUUGUGGCAUUGAUCUCCGUGACAGUGACAACAUCGCAUCACUAAUUAAGGAUGGGUUCACACCAUGUACACUGUCUCUAAUAAAAAUCAAUGACAACCUGGCAAAACUUUUAGAAGACCAGAAAGAAAAGAUAAAUGAACUUGAUGAAUUAGACAGGUCUUCAAAGAAAACCUCCAAUGAAAAGGGAGAGGUCAAAGAACAAGGAAAUCAUAUGUUUGGCCUUAAUGAAGAAACAUCAUCAUCUGAGGGUAACUCAGAGGACAGUAAGGUGUUCAGUUGUGACACUGUUUUGCAUCUUAUUGAACAGCACAUCAGGCAGACAAAAGGUACGCAAUCUGUGAUCCUACUGAAAAUCUGGGGUAUAUUUUAUUCAUAUAAAAGAUCAUUAGAGUUUGAAAAACUUAAAUUUGAACUAAUUGAAGAAGAAAAUGAACGUAUAAGUAAUGAUAUUAUUGUACUGCAAGAGGAGUGGUCUCAACUAGAGAUUGAAAAUGUUGAACUGCAAGAUGAGAUAUGCAGUUUGAGGUCUUCAAAGAAAACUUCCAAUGAAAAAGAAGAGGUCAAAGAACAAGGAAAUCAUAUGCUUGACCUUAAGGAACUAAUAUCAUGUGAGGGAAACUCAAACGACUGUGAGCAGUACAGUUGUGACACUAUUUUGCAUUUUAUUGAAGAGCUCAUGAGGCAGAGAAAAGAUAUAAAUUCUGAGAUCCUAGUGAAAAUCUGGGGUGCAGUUUAUACAUAUAAAAGAUCAAUAGACUUUGAAAAACAUAAAUGUGAACUAAUUGAAGAAGAUUGUGAACGUAUAAGUAAUGAAAUUAUUGCACUGCGAGAGGAGUGGUCUCAACUAGAGAUUGAAAAUGCUGAACUGCAAGAUGAGCUAUGCAGUUUGAGGGCCACCCUUGAAAAUUUAGAAUUAAAUGAUGCAGCAAGCCUCCAAGCAGAGGAGAAUGAAGAGCUUUCAAGAACCCCGGUUCAAGAAGAACAGUUUAAGUUGUACCUGUCACUGACACAGAGUUUGCAUGAAAUGAGAAGGAAAAAUACUGAACUAGAAGAAGAAAUAGACAGGUAUAUGGAUCUGUGCACAAUGAUGGAGGAGGACUCAGAUGCACAUCAAAAUGGAGAGUUUUCAGGUUAUAAUACUUCAAGUACAAGUCACUGCGAAGAGGAUACGGUACUGAAACUAAGAGAGAAGCUUGAAAGUAUGGAAACAAAACUACAACAAGAAUUAUUCCGCUGCCAAUGCAAGGAAGAUGAAAAUAAUCUUUUGGAGCAGAAAAUAGCAGAAAGGAAAGCAGCCCGGGAGAACCGUGAAGCGGAAGAGGGUAGAAUAAAGCAGCUUGAAGAGAAAAUACUCAGCCUCAAAGCCGAUAUGGACAAGAACAUGGUAGAGCGAAGUGAGGUAGAAAAUCAUAAGAAAGCCAUUGAAGAGCAAGCUAGGAGUCAAGUCAUGGAAAAAAUAAACCAAGAGAACCAAGUCUUACGGGAACUAGCUGCCUCUGAGCAACAGAAAGAUCAGGAAAUACAGGAUUACAUCAUGUCACUGGAGCAUAGAUAUAAGGAAAUUAAACCUGAGAUUGUGGAAACAAAAUCUGGUUCAAUUUCUGUGAAAGCACAAUGGAGAACAUUUGAAGAAAAAUAUAGAGCAGAAUUGCAACUUGGAGAACGAUUGAAAUAUGAACUUGAAAAUAUUUACAGCAGUAUUGUGGAGUUACAGAACACCAAGUCCAGGCUUGCUUCUGAGAGAAGGAUGAACAGGCUGUCACACAUCCACACUCACCACAGAUCUGUCUCAGAGGGAACCAGUGACAGCAGUCUUCAGAAUAUCUUUGGGUUCAACAGCACAGGGGCCACGAUUUAAGUCCACAUUCAAGAAGGAGAGCUUGGUGGGAUAGCUUAAUAAGGUGUACACAUCACAGUUUUCAGACAUAUCAGAAGAGAGCAUCAGAUCUCCAUUUCAGGUGGUGGUGAGCUAGUCCCUGGUUUCUGGCAACUGAACUCAGGACCUCUGGAAGAAGAGUGAGUGCUCCUAACUGGUGACUCAUCUCUCCAGCACUCUUCUUCAUGUUAGACAAGGAACUUUGUUGACUAAUUCAGAAUGUUGUGUGGAGGUGAGAGGAUGAUAUUGUCUCCAGGUAUCCUAUCUACAGCUUACCUCACUCAAUUCAGCACAGGGUUGGGGACAAGCAAAUCAGGAAGACAUGGGUUCACAAGUGUAGCCACACCCAAUACUUGUCUCACAGCAGAGAGAGUUUGCAAGGGGAGGAAAAGGAAGACCUCCAGUUACCUUGCAGAGAGAGAUAGA